CUCGCGUUCGAGUUCGAGAUUGAGUGAUUCGAUUUCGAGUGCGAGUUGGUCUGUCGUCGUCGUCGCCGCGAAUCAAAAGGAACCUGAAGUCGAAGAGGACAAGCAGAAGCCGUUGCGGGAAAUCUGGGCUUUUCUCCGCUGAUUUCUUAAGCGUUCCGAUCGACUCCUUUUUGUACUUUUACCUGUUCUUGGAGAAGUCUUCUCUCAACCCGUUAUAUUUUGUAAUUUUGAAAAGUUUAUCUGCAACAGUGAAGCCGCGGACAUAGUGUGAGGACGCCAGAAUCGACUCGACAAAACUUUUUGCUUCCCCUGUUUCUGGUUCGAUUGUGAAGUGAGGAAAUUCCGGGACAAAGCAAAAUUGUGCCGGCCGAAAAGGAUAUUUUUGUGUGCGAGUUGGCGUACGUGCGAGCAGUUCUUCCUUGAAAAUCAGCGCCGCGUUCGGUGGCUCUUUUCUUGUCCGCAAAGUUGCCUUUUUGCGCCGCGCAUCCCGUCCAAGGACUCGAGAGGCGUUCCGAGUGCAAGGAAAAUGUUGAUCUCGUGCAAAUGUUUGAAUAUCACAGAAUUCAACAAUUCUGUGGAUGACCAAGUCCUGAAGAGAAACGGCGCGGUGCAGUCGCUUCUUGAAAUCGUGCCCGGCCCGGAUGAAAUCCAAGGACUAGGCGGACUCGCAGGAUUUUAUUACAUUUAUCGGGAGUUUGUAAAAUCGGCCGUUGGUCCAGUUUCCGACUUGAACGAAACAGUUUCACAAACAGAUCUUGCCUUUGAUGUGCAUCUAAAACAAUUCCUGAUCAAAUAUUGUAUUAACUGUGAGACGAUAACCCAUGUGAAAAACAUCUCAACAUCAGACUAUUGGAUCAAUUGCAAACUUCUAACCACUCCAGAAAAAAUGAAUGUCCUUAAAGAGAAUAAGCAAUUCUCAAAAGUUUUCGGGAUCCUAAUGACCCAUGAUUCAACGACAAAAGGAAAAAUUGACAGCACAAUGAGUACAUCACCAGGAUCGACAAACAUGACAACAUCGACACCAACCACCCCAACAACCCCAAACGCGCCUACCAUGGACUUGAAGAGUUUUUCAAACUCAAACUCUAAAGUACAUCCACAACAGCAGGCAUUGGUAAAAAAAUUGACGCAACAUCUAGAGGAGCAACUACAACGAGAUUACAAUGCGGCCAAUGAAAGGAUAAGUCGUUUUAUUGAACAACAAGCGGCCAUAUUGGAAAGCAAUCUUGAAAAAGCUAAGCAAGAAUAUCAAAUAUUAGUUAGCUUAAUAAAUCGAGUACCUGACGAAUUAAAAGUGAUUAUUAAUAGUAAUACUAAUAAUGUUAAUAAUAAUGAAGACUUAAUAAGUGCUGCUACAGCCAUUACAAAGUCACCAACAAAUCCAUCUAUCAAUAAAAUCACCAUAAUUAAUGAUAGUAAUACUACUAAGAAUGUUGCUGGCAAUCCACAAUCGCUAUUUACAUUAAAACAACAGCAACAACAACAACAAACACCACAACCACAAUUGACGACAACUAGUUUAGAUACGCCACCAGCAACACCAGAUAGUACCCCGAUGAGUGUUGGAAAUAGUCCAACAUUCCGACAGCAAACAAGCAUUUUUGGCAAUUCAAACUCUAUUUCGGGAAGGAAUUCAAUGAUGAAUACAUCUGCGGGUGCAGGUGCAAUCGUUGAUGGAGGCGGUAAUACAAUUGAUAGUGAUUGUCUUUUUGAACUGGAUGGUAUGGAAAAUUAUCCAGUCUCUGUUAUGCAUUCAAAUCAAAUGUCGGAUGUUGAAGAAACAGAAGAUGCUGAAGAUGCGUUAACGGAACUGCAAGGAAUACAAAUACCAAGAAUGUCUGGCCAUCAAACCGGAUCAAGCAUCGCAAGGAGUUUACCUGUGCCCAUCACAUGUGUGGCCAAAAAUCCUAAAAUGAAUUCUUUUGAGGAUCAAGAUUCAGAUCUCGUCGAAGAUCACAGUGUGGUCGACAUUGCAGCAAGCAUCAAAGCACUGGCUAAAAGUGUGCACGGUGAUACAAUUUUCGGUGAUCUUCCAAGACCAAGAUUUAACAAUAAGAAUAAUUAAAGAAUAGAAAUAAAGAUAUAAUCAUAGGUAUCGCCAGGAGCUAAAGUUAGUCAUCGCACUCAUCAGGCGGUGGAUCAUUUUUUUAUAAUUUUAUACAUUCAUCUCAUUAGUUUUUAAUGUUACUUUGAUUUUCUUUAUUUUUGUAGUAUUUUUAAGACUUACAAUAAAAUGUUUUGUGAAGAAAAAACAAACCAUUCAA